AUGGCCGGUGAGCAGAACGGUAACGGCGAAGCCAAUGGCUCGACAUACCUUAGCACUCUUCCUAAGCCUGACCAUGACUGGAAGGUUUCCUUGAAGGACAAGGUCAUCGCUAUCUCUGGUGCCAACCAGGGAAUCGGCCUGGGUAUUGCUGAGGUCUGCCUCUUUAACGAUGCUGCCGCUGUCUACAGCUUGGAUAUCUCUUCGCCUGGCGAUGACUUCGCUGCCUUGAGCAAGCGUUUCCCAGGCAAGCUUGACUUCCAGCACUGCGAUGUGACGGACUACAAGAGCGUCGAAGGCGCACUUAACGCCAUUGUUGAUGCUAAGGGCCGCUUCGACGGCAUGGUUGCCAACGCCGGCGCAACUAAGCAUCAGCCCGCCUUGGAUUUCACCCCCGAACAAUUCGACUUCCUCUUCAAGCUUAACGUGACCGGCUCCUGGAACUGCGCCACCGCUGCCGCGAGGACAUUUAUCAGACUCGGCAGCAAGGGAAGCAUCGUCUUCACUGCUAGCAUGACUUCCUACAGACCUAACCGGGCUGCCCCCUCUGCACCUUAUGGCGCUACCAAGGGCGCCAUUCGCAACAUGACCCACACACUUGCCAUGGAGUGGGCGCAACACGGUAUCCGUGUCAACUCCAUCUCUCCCGGCUUUGUCAAGACCGCAUUGACCUACUACGUUGAGACUUCCCCUGACUGGGACACCAAGAUGAAGUACUACGGCGGUAUGCCCCGCUUGGCUCUGCCCCAGGAGCUGGGCGGCGCCUACGUUUACUUGUUGAGCGAGACUGCUACUUACACUACCGGUAUUGAUAUCCCGAUUGCGGGUAUUGUUGGCGCUUGGUAA